UACUUGUUGUGCAUCAUCGUCAUGGAGCAACGACGCAUGUUUUUGGCUGGCUUGGUGCAUUUGAUGGCAAUAACGUUUGUUGUCAUGGUUGUUUUCAAUGCACUAGGUGGUUCAGGUUAUGAAGCCCUUUUUAACCAGAAUACGGGACAGGUCUCUGCUAACUAUACGGUGUACAUUACUCCAGCCGGAUUUACCUUCUCAAUAUGGAGUAUCAUCUACAUAUUUCUUGGAGCCGGUGCAAUUUACUGUGUCUCGACUGUCUACAGAAGAAGUGGGCCUAGCAGCCGAGUAUUCGUCCAACCAGUUGUCCUAAAUUGGUUAUUUUACGUCGCCCUUGCACUGAAUUACAGUCUCAACACGGCAUGGAUAUUUUUAUGGGACCGAAAAUUAAUGGUCGUGGCAAGCAUUUUCCUAUUUUUUAUUGCUGGCACGGGAUGGCUAUCGUUUGCUGUCGCUAGCGUCAGAGCGAAAAAAGCGUGUGAAAAUAGGAAAGGCGGAUUGCCCAUACCUUCAGUUUUAAAAGAAGUACGAUUGCAGAGAAUCUUGAUACAUAAUGGCAUAGCACUGUAUACCACAUGGACGACAAUUGCAUCUUUGCUGAACGCUAACAUCGCCUUCCAGUACUUUGGGAAUUUCGACGCAGAAACAACUAGUUUAGUUUGUUUGUCAAUUCUUUUGACUGUUAUGAUAGGGUGGUUCAUACUCGAAAACACCCGGCUUGAUCCCUACGUUCGCUACACCCUGGUGCAAUAUCCUGUUAUCAUUUUUGCUACCUUUGGAAUUUUGAAUAGACAAGGUGACCAGAGCCGUCCCGAUGGGCCUGUCCCGGAGAAUGUCAGAAUUUUGACAUGGCUUGUCCUCGGUUUUGCCUCAGUUCAGCUUUGUGCUCGUUACGCCAUCACCAUUUAUCGCUAUCGUACUCGACCCUUGUUUCAGGUUGAGCCUCAACCAGUUCCCACUGUAGAACAAUAGUGCUACUACGUGAACAAAACCAAGACAAUAAUCAAAAAGAAGAAGCAGUAUUGAUAAAAAUUGUUUCAUCAAAACUUAUGAAUAUUAUUCAAAACAAUGUGAAUCGACCACCAGUCUACGAUAUUUUUUUUACUUUACAGGGACAAUAGUACAAUAUGCUGUUAAACCAUUACAUGUAUGACUCAAUUUAUAAAAAUGUACCACAAAAUAUUCUUUUUUGGGAGCCUACGAUAUGAGGUUUUUGUUGAACUCAUGCAAAUUACUGAAUUUUUUGUAAAGUCUUUAUCAUCUGAUGAAAUCCCUAGCCUGUAAUUUUCUACGAUUACCUUCUCAAUACAAAACAAACUGCCAAAAUUA